AUAUUUUCUGUCGUUAAAGACUCGAAGCCCUUCACCGUGUCCCGACGAGGCGAGCGAGCUAGCACGCGAGUACGAACUCGCGUACUUGUUUUUACAUGGCUAUUUAGCGAGUUGCCAAAUUGGACGCAACCUUUAACCGUGAGAGCGCGUAUGUACGCGUGUACGCGCGAGAGUGUGUUCUCUAUUUAAUGUUGUUUGCUCAGGACCUAAGUUAUCACUAGUUGUCGUGAUGCAUCCUAUCAGCGUGUCGAUUCCGUCUUUUCGUUUAGAAAACAACCACAUUGAGAGGGGCUACACGGUGUUUAGAAUUGACGUGCUGACAAGCGGAAGGCAACAUGCUGUUGAGAAACGCUACAGUGAAUUCCACACCUUGCAUAAAAUGCUAAAGAAAAGCAUAAAACCGCCUGAGAUCCCCUCCAAGCAUGUGAGGAACUGGGUUCCCAAAGUGCUGGAGCAGAGGAGACAAGGGCUAGAGCUCUACCUGCAGACUAUAAUUAUGGAGAAUGAGGUUCUUCCAAAGAUAUUCUUGGACUUCCUCAAUAUCCGCCAUUUCCCGUCCCUGCCAAAGACGGACAGCUGUGGGUCUUUGGAUACAGACUCUGUGGAAUCGAGUAAACUUUCACAUCAGCCUAUCAUGGUGUUUCUGAACGACCCCUACCUGCUGCCGGAUGCACACGAUGCGUUUUCAAACAUCGUGAUUGAAGGCGUCGUUCAUGGAGUUUUCUAUGCUGAUCUCCAGCCCAGGUAGAGCCAAAAAAGGGGUUUGGGGGGGUCUCUUUGGAAGCAAGUCUGAGAGAAGCUAAACCUCAUUUACUGUCUUAAAGAUAAAAUGGAGUCCUUAAUUAUUUUUUUUGCUGAAACUUUAAUCUCAUCGUAAAUGUGAGGCAUUUGAAGCAUAUAAAUGAAGUUAAUCAAGAAGUUUUAAGUCACUUAAGCAGCAAACUAGGCAUCUGCAGUCUUUUUUUUAAUCAUGUCUUAUGCUGUGAAAUUCGUAUUCAUAAUCAAGUGUAGAAGUUUGAGAAAAAGAGGCCGAUUACAGGAGGGGGCAUUUAUUUGACUAACAUAAAAUAAUGAGGGAUGCAAGCUGCUCUGAGGAGCCACCUGAGAAAUGAGGCGUUGAAGGCC